UGGAUGUGACUGCAUGGCCAGAGUGUAAGGGAAGCGCGUUAAUUUCUUAUGAAUUUAUGAAGUUAUAUUAGUAAGUUUUAUAUAAACUUUUAUAUUUUUGUUAAUUGCAUUAGAAAUUUAAUUUCAAAAUUUAAGCUUAUUCAUUAUUUAAGUUUCUUGUGUCUUAGACGCUUCAAUCUUAUCGACAGUGUUGCAAUCAUGCAAAUUUUCGUUAAGACUUUGACUGGGAAGACUAUAACUCUAGAGGUUGAGGCAAGUGAUACCAUUGAAAAUGUAAAGGCUAAAAUUCAAGAUAAAGAAGGAAUUCCCCCUGACCAACAGCGAUUGAUCUUUGCUGGCAAACAGUUGGAAGAUGGGCGAACACUAUCCGAUUACAAUAUUCAGAAAGAGUCUACUUUACAUUUAGUACUCAGACUUAGAGGUGGUGCCAAAAAGCGCAAGAAGAAGAAUUACACCACACCCAAAAAGAACAAGCAUAAGAAGAAGAAGGUUAAGCUCAGUGUAUUGAAAUUUUACAAGGUUGAUGAGAAUGGUAAAAUAACCAGGCUUAGGCGUGAGUGUCCCAAUGAUGAAUGUGGAGCAGGUGUAUUUAUGGCCUCUCAUUUUGAUCGACAAUAUUGUGGCAAAUGUUGUUUAACUUUUGUUUAUAACAAACCUGAAGAGAAAUGAAUAAAUGAUUAGUCUUAA